AGCGAUGCGUCUUUUUGGUCGUUAUUCGAUGUGUUUGUGUUCUAAAUGUCAUUUGUGCAGGAAACUUGAGAUCGCAUCAUGGACCCGCUUCCAUUCCGAAUAUUUUUUCUUUUUACUGCAGCCAAUCUUUGGUUCGAAGUGGCAUUGGCAAAGGAAUAUUGCGGAUCUGUGGAAGGAAAAGAAUACUUCUGUGAUGAAGGCCAAUGCUGUGGAGAUUAUGACUGCUGUACCUACUUCAAGUACUACAAGACGUGGUGGUUCUGGUUGGUUUGGGCUGUUAUAAGUUUAUUGGGGUGCUGCUGUGCAUAUCACCGCAGACGUUAUUACGGAUGGCAUGGACACAUCAGGAAUUUUGUUUACCCAUUGGCUCCAGCCAGAACAGAAAAUCAACCACUGACUCCCUAUGACGAAUUUUUUUCUGAUCCCAACUACAAACUGCCAUCUUACGCUGAAGUAGAAGCCAUGGGUAGUCUGGGACCUCCAUCUGAUGGGGAAGGUGCCCCUCCCCCUUAUGUGGACCCACUUGCAAAUGAGGAUUUGGAAGAUGAUGCUGACAACAUUGAAAAUGGUGAAAUAUUUUUGGAAAGUAGGGUGGAUGAUGAGAGUUCCAGGCCCCUUAUCCCCCCUGACACAGAAGUGCAGACAUCAGAGAACUCAUAAUAAUUAUUCUCCUAAAUUUCUUUUCUCAGCUGAGGGAAAAAAUAUGUGUUCACAAAAAUGUGAUUGCACGGGCCAUUUUUUCACACAAAUCUUCAAGCUGGCUCAGAUGCUGAGUUGACAAGUUAUGAAUACUUGUUGUAUAGGUUUUCAUAAUACAUAUAAAUUGAAACAUAUUCUCACAUUGCUAUCAAACAUGAGCAUCUGAAAUAUGAAGGAAACAUUAUUUUAAACUGUGUUCAGUAAGACUUAUCAAAAGGAGAUCAGGGCAUAUUAGCAAACCAAACCACAAAUUACUUGUGCUCCUUUGUCCAGAUUUCUCAGGUGGUAUUAUCUUGUUUUUAUAAAAAAAAAUCACAUUCCAGACAAAUUUCUAGUGUUCACAAAGAGUGGAAUCAAGAAUGUAGUAAGGACUGAACCUGGCAGGUGACAUGCUUUCCCUACCAAUGAGAUAAAUAAUUCAUAGAUCCCUCUACCUGGAUGAAUCUCUUGGUUUAACCCUAUAGGUCUCAUUCAAAUCUCCCUGCAAUGUAAGCCUCAGCAAUCAAACUUGAAAUAGAGAUAUGAUCAUGAUACAAUAAUUGAACUGUACAUAUAUGUAAAUAAUAUUCUUUCACUUGUUUGGAAUUGUUUGUGAUGAAAUAUAUGUCAAAAACAAUAUUGGCAUAUUAUAGUGUAUAGAAUCAAUGUAUAUCGUGGGUUUAUGAACAUUGUGAGGUAAACAUUUUCAUUUUACUUUCAUGUUUUGGAAAGGCUAAACAUGUAAAAAUUCAUCCCUAAGUAAGAAUUGUUAGAGAAAAUAACCAUUCUUAAUCAGCAAGUGAUAGAUUUCUCUAAAAGCCUCAGAUCUGGCUGUGUUUAUCAUUAUUCAUACAUUCAAUUAAUGUCUUGUUUGUGUGUUUCAGGUUUAAAAGAAUACUAUUAAUGUUACUUAAUAAGAUAGAGUUAUUUUUAAUAUUUUUGCAUGUGUAUAUAGUAACAACACUGAUAUAAAUUUAUGUACCAAUUUUUCAUGAAUUAUCAUGAUUAGUUCUGAGCUCUUAAAUUAAUGUACCACAAUUUGUGUUCAAUGUAGAUUAAACUUACAAAGACCAAACAUAA